UCCACAUGUUACAUUGGCCACCUCUGCUCCGGGAAAGUAGGUUAGCAGAGUCCUGGAGCCGAGCCGGGCCGGGUCGGGCCGGGCUCUGGGAGGGAAGAGGUGGGGAACGCUGGAGAGACAGUCCAGGAGACCGAAGCGAGACCGAGAGUCAACCGUGCGCCCCGGCCCAGCUCUCUGCCCAGCUGUUCGUCCCUAAGAGUCCAUUCUCCAGAAGGGGCGGUAAGCGGCCAGCCGGCAGCAUGAGAGCUCAGAUUGAAGUGAUCCCCUGUAAGAUCUGCGGGGACAAGUCCUCAGGAAUCCACUAUGGUGUCAUCACCUGUGAAGGCUGUAAGGGCUUCUUCCGAAGGAGCCAGCAGAACAAUGCCAGCUAUUCCUGCUCCCGCCAGCGAAACUGCCCCAUUGACCGCACCAGCCGAAAUCGCUGCCAGCACUGCCGCCUGCAGAAGUGCCUAGCCCUGGGCAUGUCGCGAGACGCGGUCAAGUUUGGCCGGAUGUCCAAGAAGCAGAGGGACAGCCUGUACGCAGAAGUGCAGCGGCACCGGCAGAACCAGGAGGCGGGCCAGUCCCUGGAUGGCACUGGCCUAAUGCCCAGAGAUGGCACCAAUGUGGCCAGCAGCCUCUCUGACCUGGACCACCUCUCAGGCCUGCCAGAUGGGUUACUCUUUGAUAUGCCCCUCAGCCCGGAAGAGACGGAAGCCAGCACCACAGCCCCAACCUACUACACCCUGGAUCUACUGGGUUCGGCUCAGCCGUCACCGGAGCCAGCGUGCCUGGAGACACUGUAUGAGAUGGGCCUGGACCCCGGGGUCCUGGUGCACAGCGGAAGUCCUGGGAUGCCACUUGAUCGCGAUAUUGAGCGAGUGGCCCAGAAUGUCAUCAGGUCCCACCGGGAGACCUGCCAGUAUACAACAGAAGAGCUGAAGAGGCUAGCAUGGGCCCAGCACACCCAGGAGGAGCUGUGCAGCCUGCAGGCAAAGCCUUGUGAGGUCCUGUGGCAACAGUGUUCGAUGCAGAUCUCCAAUGCCAUCCAGUUCGUGGUGGAGUUUGCCAAGCGUAUCUGCGGCUUCAUGGAUCUUGACCAGAAUGACCAGAUCAUCCUACUCAAAGCAGGUUGCCUAGAAGUCCUGCUGAUCCGGAUGGUUCGGGUCUUCAAUCCUUUGAAUAAUACUGUGCUCUUUGAUGGCAAAUUUGGAGGGAUACAGAUGUUCAAGGCCUUGGCCUGUGAUGACUUGAUUGGGGCCAUCUUUGAAUUGGAAAGGGGACUGUGUCGUCUGCAGCUGUCAGAUGAGGAAAUUGCCCUGUUCACAGCGGCUGUCCUGUUGUCCCCAGACCGACCCUGGCUCCUUGAGGCGAAGAAGGUGCAGAGUCUCCAGGACCAGAUCUUCCUUGCUUUGCAGCAUGAGAUCCAGAAGCAGCCUUCUCCAGAAGACAGGCUAUCCAAGCUAAUCUCCAAGCUGCCUCUGUUGAAAGCUAUCUGCCGCCUCCACCUGGACAAGCUGGAAUGUUUCCGCCUCCUGCACCCAGAAACAGCUCGUCUCUUCCCCCCGCUCUACAAGGAAGUUUUCAACACUGAACUUCAGUACAGCAGCCUCCGGGAAAGCUAGAGGCUGAGUGUCCAUCUGUUGGAAGGGAGGAGGGGGAAGGUGGACAUUCCACGUCUGCGGGGUGCCAGGGGAUUCAGACUGGACAAGGGAGAAGCGGGGAGGAGAAGGGAGUAUCCCUGGAGCCAGACCCACCCACGAACCGCCCUGAGCUGCCUUCAUUUCCCCUCGCAAUGGCUUCAAAGCUUUUCUGCAGAUUGGAAUAGCUUUGAAGGGUAGCUCACGUUGAAUGGACUCAGGAAGGAGGACACUGCCCUUGCUGGGGAAAUGAAGGGAAACUACUCACCCUGGCCAAAGGAGGAGGACCCUGAAUGUAAAGGAUGGACCAAAGCCGUCACCUGCAUAAGCCCUUCCUCACAGUCUGAAUUCUUCACCCAAGGAGACAGACACAGAGAGUCAGCAACCUGUGUGGUAUGAGAGUGCUUGAAAGGAACUACCUAAACCUGUUAGCCCACUCCUCCCUCCCAUUUGACAGAUGGACAAAGUGAGGCCCAAGGAGGUGUCCUGAGACUUGCCCAAGGUCACACACCAGACUGGAAACUUAUCAAUGCUAUACUUUGUUCAGAGGACCAGACACCUAUUACUUUCUCUGAGCGAAAACAGGUUGACCUAGAUUCAUACACUGGGAGCAUCAUGGAGAAUGAGUUGAUGGAUUCUCAGUGCUGUCCCCCUGAUUCUGUCUGGAGCAGGAAUGGUAAAAUGGGGAGCGGAUCACCACAAGGAAAACAAGAUAGUGGAGCUGCUGGAAGCCACGAGGGGCAGUGCAAAGCGCUCUGGACUGGGCUUCAGGAGGUGUGGCUUCCCUUCUUCUGCUGAGGAGCAGGGUGCCUGGACAAGGCAAUGUGCCCUAAAAUCAAGACCCAUUAACUAAGAUUGUAGCUCUACAGCUGGAAGUGACUUUAGAGACCAGUGAGUCAACCUCUUGUUUUACAGAUGAGGAAACUGAGGCCCAGAGAGAGGAAAGGGUCUGCCUAAGCUCACAUAUGUCAUGAGUGACAAAGCUAGAUUUGAACCCAAAGCCUCCUUCCAAAUCCAGCACUCUUUCUGUUGUGCUGCAUCCUUUCUGGACCUCACUUUUCCCCUCAGUAAAAUGGGUGGGUGGGUGGUGAACUAAAUGAUUUCUAGCUCUAAGGUCCUAGUUUCUGCCUGGUUUCUCUUCUUGAAUGUGCCACUGAUUCAGUGUGUGUGUGUGUGUGUGUGUGUGUGUGUGUGUGUGUGUAAAAAUGAGUUUGUUUCUCUAAGCCUCAGGUUCUUCAUCUGCAAAGUGAGAGGGUGGUACUCAAUACUCUCCAAGGUUCCUUGCAGCUCUGACUUUCUGUGAUUUGCUGUAGCUCCAUGGGGGAAAGGACAGCAGGGCAGGGAGGUGGAUCUUCCUGUAGGGGCCUUGAGUUCUUGUGUUUAGGGGGAGGAUUCCAGAUCCAAAGGUCUUUGGUGUGUUACAGUUCUCUGCCUCUCUAGAGGUGACUCAAGCUCCCGGGAUGGAGGAUUUUUUGGAAGAUUUUGAGGAGGAAAGGGGAGGGGAGUGAUUCAAAGAAUCAUGUAUCCCAGCAACAAGCCUAAGUGAGUCCUGCCUCAGACCUCCCACCCCCAGAGAGCCGGUCCGUUUGGUCUCAUCAGGUCUAGAUCAGAGCAGGCCUGGAGUAAAAGGUGUUUUCUCCUAGUGCAAAGAAGCCCUGGAAGCAAGUGUGGCCCUGAAUGUAUCAGGCUCCUGUGGCAGCUGGGUCAGCCAACAAGAUCGGUUCUUUGACAAGUAGGUCAGAAGUUGGCCAUAAGUCAUCCCCUUGUCAGGCUUCACUCUUAUUUCCAUGAGAAUUUGGGAAUGGCUUCUGGCACCAGUGCACAGACCACAUAACACGAACCAUCUCCUUACAUAGGCAUUGAUGUAGAGAUUAGAGCUGCGGUUCAGCAUUGAUUCACAGGAUGACCUUAAGCAAGUCAUUUCCCUUUUUAGGGACAGUUUCCUGUUGCUAAGAUAAAAUGAGGUUGGUAAUAAUCUGCCCUGCCUACAUAAUAAGGUUCUUCAAUUCAUGGGAUCAUGGAUAGAGAGAUGGAAGGGACCUCAGAAGUAGUCAGUUUUAUGUAUAUGACUGAUUUCCAGGUCAGAACACUAACAGGUGGUAUUUGAGCUGAGACUUGAAAAGAACAAAGGGGUUAUUAAAAAUGGAGGUGAGGAAGGAGAAGAUUCUGGGCACAAGAAAUGCAAAUGCUUGGAGGCAGGAGAUCAAACGAGAUGAUGUUGUGUGGAAGCAUUCUGCAAACCCAAACCAGAUCCCCCCUUUUUGUUCAGUCGGAUUCUCUACCUUAUUCACCAGAAGCAGUUCCCCAAAUCCAAACCCACCCACAAAGGACAAAGCUUUAACCCCAGUGAGGAGAUCCCAAAGCACGAAUGUGCCACAGUCUGUGAAGAUCAGAUCUCUGCCGUGACACCAUUCCUGGCUUAUGUCUGGCCUCUCAAUUCCACAACUUUGGAAGCAGGUAUAAGUCUUUCUCUUUGUUUAAUAGAGUAAUAGAACAUCCAGGCUGGGAGAGACCUUAGAACCCAGGAUGUCAGAGCUGGGAGAGACCUUAGAACCCAGGAUGUCAGA